AUGCCAGUCCCACGAGAAGACUUCAUCUCCAAUGUCUGGCGCGAUGGCAUCUUCAAACAUAAAGUCCUCUUCUGCACUGGCGGUGCCGGCACAAUCUGCUCGAUCCAGGUCCGCGCCUUCGUAGCCCUCGGCGGUAAUGCCUACAUCAUUGGUCGAAAUGUUGAAAAGACGGAAAGAAUGGCAAAGGACAUCGAAACAGCCCGACCCGGAUCACGCUGCAUCGGUCAAGGCAACGUCGACGUCCGGAACGCGGUAGCACUGAAAGAGGCGGCAGAUCGGUGCGCACGAGAGCUGGGCUCGAUCGACUUCGCAAUCGCAGGAGCGGCAGGAAACUUCCUAGCGCCGAUGAGCCAAUUGUCGCCGAAUGCGUUCAGGACGGUCAUGGAGAUUGAUACCUUGGGAUCAUACUACACCGCGAAAGCAGUUCUACCCUACCUCGUAGAGUCUGCGAAGAAGUACGGCAACACAGGCAAGAGUCAGCCACAGGGCACUGGAGGCAGGAUGAUCUUCAUUUCUGCAACUUUCCACUACAAAGGCUUCCCGCUACAGGCACAUGUGGCAGCUGCGAAAGCUGCGGUAGACCAGAUCAGUCACAGUGUGGCGAUCGAAUAUGGUCCCUACGGCAUAACCUCCAACGUCAUCACCCCGGGUCCUAUCGCGAACACCGAGGGCAUGGAGCGAUUAGCAAAGCUGGACGCAGAGUCGGCGAAGGAGAGUAGGAGGAAUAUUCCCGUUGGCCGAUGGGGUGAGGUCAAGGAGGUUGCGGACGCGACUGUCUAUCUUUUCUCCGAGGCGGGAUCGUAUGUCAAUGGCAAUGUACUGGUUGUGGAUGGUGGAGCGUGGAGGACGACUGGCACUUCGGAGGGGAAGGGAUGGAAGUAUCCUGAUUUCAUACUGUCUGGGGCGCCGGUGGAUGGGGUCAAGAGUGGGAGGAAGAGUGAGGGCUCGAAGCUGUAG